CACCCCACCCUCCUGCACUUGCCCGCCAAUCGCCUCCGGUAGAGAUGCUGGGAGUCCGAGUGCGGCUGCUCGGCCGCCCGGGAAAGGGCUCUCCUCCCAGCGCUGAGCACUUGGUCCUGGCAGACGCCCCAAGAUUGUUGUGAGGAGUCUAGCCAGUUGGUGAGCGCUGUAAUCUGAACCAGCUGUGUCCAGACUGAGGCCCCAUUUGCAUUGUUUAACAUACUUAGAAAAUGAAGUGUUCAUUUUUAACAUUCCUCCUCCAAUUGGUUUAAUGCUGAAUUACUGAAGAGGGCUAAGCAAAACCAGGUGCUUUCUCUGUAGGCGCUCCAGUGGCCCGGAGGACCCAGGCUCUCCCCUUGUCCUCUCCUCGCCUCGCUGGCCCCCCUGGAAUAAGAGUAUCGGCGAGUCCCACAGGCCCAGAGGAGGCCGAAGUUCAGGAACUGCUCCAAGGGUACCGCGCUGAGAGCUCUUCCUCUUUCCCCCCUUGCUUCUCCUGCCCACACAUCUUGGACAUGCCAGGAUUAAAAAGGAUACUCACCGUGACCAUUCUGGCUCUCUGUCUUCCAAGUCCUGGGAAUGCACAGCAACAAUGCACUAACGGCUUUGACCUGGACCGCCCAUCAGGACAGUGUUUAGAUAUUGAUGAGUGCCGGACCAUCCCCGAGGCCUGCCGAGGAGACAUGAUGUGUGUUAACCAAAACGGCGGGUAUUUAUGUAUCCCCCGAACAAACCCAGUGUAUCGAGGGCCCUACUCCAACCCCUACUCGAACCCCUACUCGGGUUCGUACCCGGCAGCUGCACCCCCGCUGUCAGCUCCAAACUACCCCACGAUUUCGAGGCCUCUCAUGUGUCGCCUUGGAUACCAGAUGGAUGAAAGCAACCAGUGUGUAGAUGUGGAUGAGUGUGCAACGGAUUCCCACCAGUGCAACCCUACCCAGAUAUGCAUCAACACCGAAGGAGGGUACACCUGCUCCUGCACGGACGGCUAUUGGCUGCUCGAAGGCCAGUGCUUAGAUAUUGAUGAAUGUCGCUAUGGCUACUGCCAGCAGCUGUGUGCGAAUGUUCCUGGAUCUUAUUCCUGUACAUGCAACCCUGGUUUUACCCUCAACGAGGAUGGAAGGUCUUGCCAAGAUGUGAACGAGUGUGCAACUGAGAACCCCUGUGUGCAAACCUGCGUCAACACCUAUGGCUCUUUCAUCUGUCGCUGCGACCCAGGAUAUGAACUUGAGGAUGAUGGCGUUCAUUGCAGUGAUAUGGAUGAGUGCAGCUUCUCUGAGUUCCUCUGCCAACAUGAGUGUGUGAACCAGCCAGGCACGUACUUCUGCUCCUGCCCAGCUGGCUACAUCCUGCUGGAUGACAACCGAAGCUGCCAGGACAUCAACGAGUGUGAGCACAGAAACCACACGUGCAUCCUGCAGCAGACUUGCUACAAUUUACAAGGGGGCUUCAAAUGCAUUGAUCCCAUCCGCUGCGAGGAGCCUUACCUGCGGAUCAGCGAUAACCGCUGUAUGUGUCCAGCUGAGAAUCCUGGAUGCAGAGACCAGCCCUUCACCAUCUUGUACCGGGAUAUGGACGUGGUGUCAGGACGCUCUGUUCCUGCUGACAUCUUCCAAAUGCAAGCAACGACCCGCUACCCUGGGGCUUAUUACAUUUUCCAGAUCAAGUCUGGGAAUGAGGGCAGAGAAUUCUAUAUGCGGCAAACGGGCCCCAUCAGUGCCACCCUGGUGAUGACACGCCCCAUCAAAGGGCCCCGGGACAUACAGCUGGACUUGGAAAUGAUCACUGUCAACACCGUCAUCAACUUCAGAGGCAGCUCCGUGAUCCGACUGCGGAUAUACGUGUCUCAGUACCCAUUCUGAGCCCCAGGCUGGAGCCUCUGACACUGCCUCUCAAUAGCACCAAGGGACAGGAGGAGCGAAGAAACCAGAGAGAGAACGAGAGCGAGACAGACGUGAUGCUUUUCCUGCUGAACGUCUCCUGGGGAGUCAGCCCUGAGUCCCGACCACACCUGUAUUAUUAUAGACCUGUCACUUUGAAGGACGUGCUUCCCCAGUUUCUACAACACAGUUAUCAAAAAGCAUUAUCAUUGGCACCCUGACCUGAGAUCGACGGUGAUUUUUCAAGGCCUUCAGUUUAUUUCCAUAUUUUUCAAAGAAAAUAGAUUAGGUUUGCUGGGGUCUGAGUCCACGUUCAAAAACUGUGAACUGCUUCCUCUCACCUCCUCCAGGCCUUCUUUCUAUCUCUCACUGAUUGCUUCUUUGCCAAGGCCCCAAAAAGCUCCUGGAGAUGCUAGGUAUAGCUAGCUUGCUUCUUGCAUGUACAGAGAAGGCUAUGGAAAGAAACCACAGCAGGAUCCAAGGGUUUUUAAAGAGUCUAUUUCAAAGCCAUGUCUGGUAUUUUCAGCCAUAAAAGAAGUUUUAGUUGUCCUUAAAUUUGUAUAACUGUUUAAUCCUUUCUUGUUCAUUUUGAGUAUUUUUUUUUUAAUCCAUGGUAGAAUUCCUUCAAAAGGCCUUAAGGCACAUGUUAUGUUCUGUCUUCCCAAACCCAGUCUCCUCUCCAUUUUAGCCCAACGUUUUCUUUGAGGACCCCUUCAUCAUGCUUUCUUUAGAAUUUUUACACAACUGGGUUGGAAGGCAGAGGUCUCCAAACUGAUUAAAUAUUUGAAGAGA